UUCACCAAAAUCCAACACAAACAUGCCGAAACCGAUUCUCUUUCUUCUACUUUCACUCCUCUUCUCCUUGUAUCUCUCAACCUGCGUUGCCCAAUCACCAUCACUAACUUGUCCUUUAGAUUUCUCUCAUGUCCUAACAAUCCCAUGGAACACAACUGAUUGUCAAAGGUACGACAAAUCAGCCGAUAGCAAGAACAGUUGUUGUCAAUCUGUCUUAACUCUAAUCGGAAUCCCUCUAGCUCAUCGUCUCAAACAAACUUCCAAUUUCCGUCUCCCAAAUCUCGCUACUUCAAUCUCUUGUCUCAACAACCUCCAAGCAAAGCUCAAUUCACUUUCUCUAUCGUCGAAUCUCACUUCCCUCUGCUUCGAUCCGAAUCAGUUCGUUAUCAAUAACGAAACUUGUGCUGGAAUCCAAACAACGCAAGAUUGGGUCUCUCGUCUUGGUCCCUCGACGGCGCUUGAUUCCGCUUGUAGCAGUGGUCUCACAGAUCUCACGCGUUGCGACGCUUGCGUGGCGGCUGGGUUUAGGGUUCAGAAACAGUUGAUCACUUUGGACGGUAAUAGCUCUCAUGGUGUUUAUUGUUACCAUUUCGCUGUUCUUUACGCUGCUGGUAUUGUUAACAAGAAAGGACCUGAGAGUGAUGAUGCUUUGUCUUGUCUCUUCUCUUUGAGCUUGAGAUCUCCAUUGAGCUCAAAGAAGAAAAGACACACGGUGGCUCUUGUUUUAGGGAUAACCGGAGCUAUUUUCGCGGCUCUGGUUAUUGCCGGUUUGAUUUGUUUGUAUAUCCGGUUUGGUAAAGCUGUUAAAGGAGGAGAGGUUGGUUGGGAGGAUCAAGAGUCUAGACCAAAAUGGAGACCAAACACUGGCUCAAUCUGGUUCAAAAUCGAGGAGCUAGAGAAGGCUACGAAUAAUUUCUCGCAGAAGAAUUUCAUAGAUUGGGCUUGGUCGUUGGUAAAAGCAGGGAAAACAGAGGAAGCUCUUGACCAGUCUUUGUUGAGAGAGGAAGGCUCAGGGAUGUCGAAUCCGAAAGGGAUAAUGGAGAGAUUCUUGCAAGUUGGGAUUUUGUGUGCUCAUGUAUUGGUUGCUCUAAGGCCAACAAUAUUAGAUGCAUUGAAAAUGCUUGAAGGAGACAUUGAGGUCCCUCCUAUUCCAGAUCGACCAGUCCCGCUUGCGCAUCCUUCAUACCGCAUGGACGGAAACGGAUUCACAAUAUCGCCUACGCUUAGCGGACUACAAAUACAUUCCGGAGAUAUGCUCCGAUGAAAAACUAGGCUCAUGUUUGGAGUUUAGAUUUUAUUUUGUAAAUAUUUGAAAGCAACGUCUUUUGAUCACAUCAUGUAAACCUAUUUCAAAAUAUUGUAGUAUCUCAUAAGAAAACAUAUAGUUCCUU